AUGGACUACGUCAGCAAAGUGCUGAUCAUCUCAAGGCUCCCAGUGCUGAAGCGCCUGGCGAACUUCCAGGUCUGUUCCAUUUCAAGGGCCCUGACCUCCACAGAGCCCUGGAGACCGGGAGAGAUUGUCUUCGACCAAGGAGAAGAUGGUGGCAAGUUCUUCAUCAUCAUGUCUGGCGGUGUGCGUGUUGAUGUGGACGGAGUCUUACUCCGAGAGCUUGGCAAAGGAGCCUGCUUUGGGGAGCGAGCACUGCUCUUCGAUGAGAAGCGGUCGGGCAAGGUCACCGUCACAGAGCCGGACACGCGGUUUUGGGUGGGCACCCGGGAGGUUUUCGAGAAGUUCGUCACCAAGAAUAUGAGAGACGACGCUUGGCUUGAGGGGGCUCCCACGAGUGUGUGGUGUCAGGAUGUGGAGCUGGGCACGUGGAUGAAGCUUCGUGCUUGGUGCCUAUCGGGAAAAGAUUCCAAGGCGUAA